AUGGGGGAGUACGUGGACAGAUCCCCGAAGGACCUCGACCUCAUCAUCAAGAAUGGCCGAAUUGUCACAGCAGCUGAGGUGCUCCCACUCGGCGUCGAGAUAGGAGUCAAAAAUGGCAAGGUCGUGUGCCUCGGCCAAAAUCUUGACGCCAUCGUCGCGGGCAGCAGCACAGAUACUCAAAUUGUUGAUGCCGAGGGGGCCUACCUGACACCAGGAGGUGUCGAUUCACACGUUCACAUCCAGCAAGACAAUUCGCCCACAGGAGACACAUGGGAAACAGGGUCUCGGUCUGCCAUCGCCGGCGGAAACACCACUGUCCUAGCGUUCGCGAGCCAGAAGCGCGCCGAGGAGAGCAUAUGGCCGGCCCUCGAGGCGUAUCAUGCCAAGGCCAAGGACAACACGUACUGUGACUAUAGUUUCCACGUCAUAUUAACCAACCCGAAUGAGAACGUGCUGGAAAAGGAGCUGCCGCAGCUCGUGGAGAAAGAAGGCAUUUCUAGCGUCAAGCUCUACAUGACUUACGAGCCGAUGAAGCUCUGCGACGGCGAUCUCUUCAACACCAUGAUGAGGGCUCGGAGCUUGGGCAUCACGACCAUGAUCCAUGCUGAGAACAACGACAUGAUUGAGCAGAUUACCAAGCGAUUGGCGAAGCAAGGAAAUUUGGGCACUUUCUUCCACUCAGUCGCUCGGCCGCAGAUCGCGGAGAGUGAGGCGACAUACCGCGCCAUCAGUCUAGCUGAGGUGACUGACACUCCCAUCUUGCUGGUGCACAUGUCCGCUCCCACAGCGGUCAACCACGUCGGUGAAGCGCAGCGAAGGCUGCUGCCGAUCCACGCGGAGACUUGCCCUCAAUACUUGUACCUGCUGAGCGACCGACUUCAGUCGGGACCAGAAGACUUCGAAGGCGCCAAGAACAUCUGCGCACCGCCGCUGCGCCACAGCCCCCAAGAUCUCGAGGAGAUCUGGCUCGGCCUAGCCAACGGCACCUUCACAGUCGUGUCAUCAGACCACGCGCCCGCGACCUUCGACCAUCCAUGCGGCAAGAUGAAGGGCCUGACGACGGAGAGCGACGGCGGAGGCCACCGGCACGGCGACUUUCGCACUGUGCCGAACGGGCUCCCCGGGAUGGAGACGCGGCUCCCGCUGCUCUUCGACCGCACGUUCGACCCAGGCCGGCCGAGCGGCUUCACCGGCUCCGCCGACGCCAAGAUCCGCAUCUCGCUACCGCGGUUCGUCGAGCUAACGUCGACGAACCCAGCCAAGCUGUACGGGCUCGGCGACCGCAAGGGCAGCCUGCUGCCGGGUUACGACGCCGAUAUCGUGGUGUGGUACCCCGAGGAGCCGCCGCUGGCGGCGAGGUCCGAGGCCGAUGGGCCCGUGAGCGCGAGUCAUGGGGUGCAGGGAACCGAGGGCAGGCGGAAGUUCAGGAUCACGAAUGAUAUGCUGCAUCAUUUCAUCGACUACACGCCCUUUGAGGGAAUCGAGGUGCGCAAUUGGCCGCGCUGGGUCUUCCUAAGGGGCAGGAAGAUGUGGGAUCGGGAUGGGGGAGGCGUUUUGGGGAGGAAGGGUGAUGGCGCGUUCUUGAAGAGGGGGAAAUCGACGAUCUUGACGGGUCAGAUGGGACGGCAGGCGACGGGCAUGUUGAAGGGUGAAUGGGGGUAUUGGGCAUGA